AUGGGCCCCUGGGCGGCCACAGUCCUGCUGUCCUGCCUGGCUGCUGUCCAUCUCCUCUCUCCGGCCUCCUCCUCCUCCUCCUCCCAAAAGGAAUGUGACAAUUUUCCCAGUUCGUAUUAUGACGAAGCCGCCCAAAAAUGUUGCUACCGAUGCCCCGCAGGCUAUCAUCCCAAGAUCAAAUGCCCCUUGGAUUUCACCCACGGCUGCAUCAAGAUCCCCUGCCAACCCGGGUUCUACCUAAACCAUCGCCUGGCCACCCCGCAGUGCGCCGCUUGUGUCCAAUGUGCCCCAGGUGGGUGUUUCCAUCCUCUAUCCGCUUUGGGUUUCAGUCCAAACUUCUCCGGGGAUCCACUCUUUCCUUUCCUUCCAACAGACCGCAGUUUAGUGGAAGUCUCUCCCUGCCGCGCCAAUUUCAGCCGGGUUUGCGGAUGCCGACAAGGCUGGUUCUGCCGGACGCCGGUGCUGGAUUCCUGCCUCCGUUGCGCAAAGCAUCGCUCCUGUGGGGCCGGAUUCGGGGUGCGGGACACAGGAACAGCUGAAAAGGACACGGUCUGUGAGGAAUGCCCGCCGGGGACGUUUUCGGACCAGGAUUCGCCUUCGCAGCCCUGCCGGAGACACACCAAUUGUUCCACGCUCCGAAAGCCCAUGGCUAGCCAUGGAAACACUACCCACGAUGCUCAAUGCGCUGACUUAGUGACCAGUCGGCCGGCCAAAAGGGCGACUGAGGACACAGGGAGCAUUGCCAUAGAAGAAGCUUCAGCCAGAGGCGAGUGGGAUCUCAGCCUUCUGGGAGGGCUGCUCCUCUCUGGGUUGGUACUCUGCGCAUGCUCCGUGGCGGCGGUCUGGCGAAGGAGGAGGGCUUGCAGCACAUGGAUCCUGCCACAGAAAAUGAAGCUAUCGAACCAGGCCAAGAUAUGCGCAAAAGAGAUUAAUUUGCUGAAUUCGGUGGAAGAAGAAGAAGGAGGUGAUGCUCCAGGCCCUGAUGGUGACUCGGAAAUGGAGGCUGUUUUAGAACUGGUCCAAGCGGACGGCGGAGGAGCGGGAGACGCACUUCCGCAAUGCACCAAUUGCAUUGAGAAGAUCUACAUCAUGAGAGCGGAUACAGUGAUUGUGGGCUCGGUCUCCGAAGCCCCGACCGGGAAAAAAGACGACGGCGGAAGCGGAGAUCCUGAAGAGUGGAGCGUGGCCGUGCGGUAUCCCGAACAGGAAACGGAGCCCCCUCCAGGAAGUGACCUCACAACCCCCGUGGAAGAAGAGUGGGAAUCCCACUAUUCCGGAGGGAAGACCUUGGCCAUCUAGGAGGCAUGACGCAUGAAGGCAUGAAGCCUCAGUCUGUGCUCUGAUGAGGCACAGGGAAGAUUGAUUCCAGGUUGAUGGGAUCAAGGAGACUCAAUUGUUCAUUUUGAGUCGGCUUUAAAUAAGUUUGGUGACUUAUUUAAUGUAGUCUGUGUCCUGGAAAGGCACAGAGAAUCUGUGAUAGUAUAUCACAGGGGUGACUGUGGUUUGAAGUCCAAGUUUCAGACUUUGGGAACCAAUUCCAGCUGGACUCACAGAGAUCCAUUGAAGCAACAGUUUAAAAGGAGCAGAGGAAGAAGUUUUAACUACUUUAAAUAAAAGAGGUGAUACUUUAGAGAGUUUGAUUCAUCUCAUUCUAGUAUUGUAACUGUUAAUAAGAAUACCGCUAAGUGAAACAUCUUUUGUAACCACCAAGCUUGUGCCUGAAUAAACUUGAUAUUGUUCUUUUUACAUCAAAGCCUCUGUCGUCUAUAGACUCC